CGGCGGGUUAUAAUAUUUAAACGAUAAUUUGUUCAAAGUAUAAACGAUGAAAAUAGUGGAAUAGAAAGAUAUAUUGGGAUUAAAAAAAAGUAUAUAAUCGAUUUCGUGCGAAUUGUAAUCAUGGUUAAAGAAAAUCCAUUUACUUCUGAGGUGGAUGGCGAUAUUCAGAAGACAUCCAAUGAUUUUUCAUUUGAAAAUUUUGUUGACGAUGACGAUGAUAUCGACCAGAGUGAAGCUGAAAGUGAAGCUUCGGAAGAAUCUCCAGCAAAGGGUAAUAAAAGGGUUGCCGAUCGCGAUAGUACAGAGGAAAAUCAAAAGAAGAAACGUAGAAAAGACCUCUUCAAACAACCAACAACCGAUGAAUUGAAUCAACUCAGGGAAACCGAGACACUGUUUCACUCUAAUCUAUUCAGACUACAAAUUGAAGAGGUCCUCAGUGCAACAAGAGUCAAAGACAAAUAUAGAAAACUUUUUGAUGCUUGGUUCCUGAAAUUCAAAAAAAAUAUUUUCUCGAUUAAGGAAUCGGAAGAAACCCCUUUGACAACAGCAGGAAAAAUAAUACAGGAAGUUAAAGUUCCUGAGUCUAUUACACAAUCAGACCAAAAAGGUGUCUUCAAAUUUCUAAAACCGUUGAAUAUUCAAGUGAUAGGUUCCUAUUUCCUCGGAUGCGUAACUGGCCCAGACAUUGUGAUAGAUGUCAUGAUCGAAAUGCCUUCUAAAUUUUUCCAAAAGCUCGAUUAUCAAAAUUAUCGAUACAUGAAGAAAAGAGCAUUGUAUCUGGCUUGGUUGACAGCAAACAUGGAUCAAGAGCUCGUGGAUAGUAAAAACUUCGUAGGUGAUGUUUGGACACCAAUAUUGCAGCUGAUUCCAAAAGGGAAACUAAGCAAAAGAAUUACGAUUCAUGUGCACCUUGGUGCGGAGGAGAGUAGUUUCAAAUUAAAUCGGUUUUUACCAGAGAAAAAUAGCGUCAGACCAGAAUGGUAUUUUAAUGAUGACAAAAUCACUGAGGAUCAAUCUCUUCUGCCAACCCCUCACUAUAAUUCUAUCGUUCUUCGUGACCUUACAAUGUCACGAGUUAAUAAUGCUGGUGCUAAAAUUGUCAGAGAAUAUCCAAAUGUGCGGGAUGGAAUAAUUUUGCUGAAAAUUUGGUUGAGACAACGAGAGCUUAAUGAAUCGCACGAUUCAUUCAACAACCAUAUCAUGACAAUGUAUGUUUUACAUUUGUUGUUUGAGAAAAAGCUCAAUACAUUUAUGAGCAGCUAUCAAAUCGUGAGGAACGUUUGGAUCAAUUUGGGGUUGAGCGAUUGGAACGGGAAAGGAGCAGCUAUGUGCUCGGAGAAUGAGGUUGAAACUAGACUAAGCGAGUAUCAAAAAUAUUACGAUUGCGUUUUUCUCGACAUAACUGGUUAUCACAACUUGGCUGCACAUUUGUCGGUUGAUACUUAUAAUUGGGUUCGUAGUGAGGCUCAACGAGCCGUCAAAUGUCUUGACAACCCAAAUCUCGACAGUUUCCAGACUUUGUUCAUGCGACCGGUACCCUUCUGUAGGACGUUCGAUAACAUAAUAUGUUUCAACGACAUGGCUGUAAUUGAAAAAAUUAUUGAGAAUUACGCCUCACUCAAUGAAAAACUCGACUAUGGCCCGGAUAAACGAACGCAAGCUGUGAAACUAAUCACCGGAGUGUUGAAAAAAGGCUUGGGCAAUCGAAUUUCAAAUCUGUACGUGAAAGCGGGAACACCAAAAAGUUGGGCGAUCACAGCAGAUCCACUCAAAAGUCCUGACAAAAUCAUGAUCGGUUUUUCGCUUGAUCCUGACAAUUGUUUCAAUAUCAUUGACAAGGGCCCACACGCUAAUCUCGAAGAGGCUGCAAUAUUUCGCAACUUUUGGGGAAACAAAUCUGAGCUGCGACGAUUUCAAGAUGGUUCAAUUUGCGAAGCUCUCGUUUGGGCAAAGAGCAAAAAGACGUUGUCGAUAAAGCGAAUAAUUUGUAAAAAGAUAGUCACAUUCUUGUUGAAAGAAAAAUUCGAUCUCUCGAAAAAUCAGUACGAGUAUGUGGCUGAUGAAAUCGAAGAAUUUUUGCAAUUGAAAAAGAUAAAAGGCUUAAAAUUUGCAAAUGGAACCGGUGAAGAAGCAACUCUGCAAGUUCUCAGGGUGUUUGGUGUUUUGGAAAAAGAAUUGACUUCUCUGACUGAUUUACCUCUAUCAAUAUCCGGGGUCGAAGGCUGUAGUCCCGUUUUUCGUUAUACCGAAGUUUUCCCACCAUUAUCCGCUGUGACGGAUUCGACCAACGAUUCUCUCGUCACGCGGGCGGAGAGCCAUUAUUCGAUGAUAAAUGAGAAGUCGUCGAAACGCGUUCCCAAAUACGUGCCUCAGAUCGACGCCAACGUGCAACUGUGCAUGAGCGGAAAAUGGCCUAACGAACUUGAGGCUAUUAGAAAAACAAAAGCGGCGUUUCAUAUACAAAUCGCAGAAUGCCUUAGAACACAAUGCCAAUUAACUGCUCAAGCGAAUUCUCACUGGGUCGAUGUUCUCAAGGAAGGUUUUGUCUUUCGGUUAGAAGUAGCUCAUCAAAAAGAAGUAGCUCUUUUAAAACGUGAAAUAUCUGAGGAUCACGUGCAAAAAUACCGAGACAACGAUGAGUCUAUAGAAUUGGAAAAGAGACUAUUCCAUUUGCCAAAAUUGAGCAGCGCUUUGCACGGUUUGCACUCUCAACAACCAUCAUUUGGACCAACUUGCUGCCUUGCGAAGCGAUGGUUAUCGGCUCACUUGUUAGACGAGUCUCAUAUACCGGGAAUUGUUGUGGAAUUACUCGUUGCUUCCAUUUAUCUUACUCCGGAUCCUUACAAACCAGCACAAACACCGCAGGUUGCUUUCCUCAGGUUUUUGGAAUUUUUCACUCGUCGUCAGUGGAGUACCGAACCAAUAUUCGUCAAUUUCAACAAUGGAAUGACAAGAGAAGAAAUUGUUACAGUAGAAAAUGCAUUUAGGUCCGGAGGGGAAUCUUAUCCCCCAAUAUUUAUUUCUACUCCCUACGAUCACGACGGCUCCAUAUGGUCGAAAAAAGCUCCGAGCAAGCUAGUUUUGAAUCGAAUCGGUUCACUAGCCGAACAGGCAUUGAAACUCGUUGACCAGCAGCUCGACACAGUUUCAAGACUUUCAUUCCGCGCGAUAUUCAAAGCUUCAAUCAGCGAAUACGAUUUUCUUAUACGAGUGCAUUCUUCGUUAAAUCCAAGAAGAUAUCAGUUCCAUGAUCUCAGUGAUAAAUAUCCUAUCACAGAUUUACAGCGGUUAGAGGACGAACCGAUGAAGAAAAUACCGGUCAUAGCGUUUGAUCCGGUUCAAUGUUAUCUUCGAGAAUUGAGGCGCGGUUACGACGAGGUAGCCUUAUUCUUUCACGAUACAUACGGUGGUUCGGUAAUAGGAGUUUUGCUGAAGCCUUCGAUUCUCGAAAAGAAAGAAUUUAAGAUCUCCAAUUUGUCUUGUCGAAAACUGAACGAAGAGGGUAAGCUCGUGCUCGACGUAUCUGCGAUGAUCGAAGAUUUCUCUAUUUUAGGCAAAGGACUCGUAAAGAGUGUCGAUGUACAGUCCAAGAGAGUAGAAUUGGAUUAAUUAUUUUUAAUAAAAACAAAGAAAAAAACACGUUGUCAAAGUAAAAGUCGUUAGUCCAUAAAAA